AUGGGGCAGCUCGCGCCGGCGGGGCACCCGCACAGCACGCACCCGGCGCUGAACCGGUUCCUGCUCCCGAACCAGGAGUACGUGAGCUGCGUGCUCUGGGGCGGGCUGUACCACAUCACGGGCACGGACAUCGUGCGCGCGCUCGUGUUCCGCUUCGAGGCGUUCGGGCGGCCCGUGCGCAACAUGAAGAAGUUCGAGGAGGGCGUGUUCAGCGACCUGCGCAACCUCAAGCCGGGCGUCGAUGCGUGCCUGGAGGAGCCCAAGGUGCGUUCCGUUCCUAGCUUAUUGUUUGCUAGGCUGUCUGCGCUGCAUUUGGGGGUGAGGUUUGCAGCCCCGCGAGGCGUUCGGUGCGCUCGCACUCGCGCGUGCAAUCAGCAUGGGCUGCAAUGGGGUGCAUUCCGCUACUGCCGGACGCUCGGUGCGCUCGCGUGCAAUCAGUGUGCAUACCCAUCGUGCUACCGGCCGUCCGUUCCCCCUCGGAUGCCCAGAUGA